GCUAACGUUAGCAGGCUGCCAACUUGCUAAUGUGCUAACCGGGGAGUUUUGUGUUAUUACAACAAAAUCCCGCUCGUAAGGUAGUUCAAUCUUACUACUUAAGUAACUAGUCCGAUUAAAAAAUAUCCAACAAUGGCUGAAAACCUGCUGGACGUCGGACCUCCCAGUUCCAAGCGGCCGAAGCUGAAUUCACCUGCCCUAUCAGCGUCUGAUGGACAAGAUCUGGGUUCUCUGACCUGGGAUGAUUUGGAGAAUGACCUUCCAGAUGAGUUGAUCCCUAAUGGAGGUGAUAUGAGCCUGAUUGGUGGUGGGAUUCCUUCAAACGGUGGAGCAGCACCUGGAGGUGGUGGUCCAGGUGGCACCCCAGCAGGACUUGGAGCGUCUGUUGUCCAAGAUGCAGCUGCCAAGCAUAAGCAGCUCUCAGAGCUUCUUCGGCCCUCUGGUACUGGGCUCAGUUCAUCAAGUCCUCAACCUGGUAGUAUAGGAUCGCAGCUGGGAACUCCAUUGGGCAAAAGCCCCCUUGGUCAGGCCUCUCCAAACAGCCACUCAUCCCCCCAAGCCCAAAAACCAGGAACACCGACUGGAAUAGCAGCACAGAACAGUAAUAACUCUGCUGCUAUGGGUCUGAGCUCAACAGGAUUCAACCAGGCUAUGAUUAACAAUAGCCAGGGUCAUGCUGGACUACUAGCUCAGGGUGGGCAACCUCAACCUGGGCAGGUGAUGAAUGGUGGUCUUGUAUCUGGAACUGGAAGGGGACGGGGUAAUGGGGUGGCAGGUAUGCAGUAUCAAGGAUCGACUAUUCAGGGAACUGCACCAGGAUCAGGAGGAUCUGGAAGUGGAUUGUUAGAGACACUUACCCCAGGAGGACAGCAGAUGGGAACUCAUGCCACCCUCAGCGCAGCCCAGCAAGCAGGCAAUAUGAGCAAGAUGGGCCUUGGUACCAAUGGAAGUCCGUUUGGGGCUCAGCCUUAUGGUCAGGGAGCUGCAGGACCAGGACAGCAACUAAACCCUCAGCAGCAGCUCCAAAACAAGGCUGCCCUCGCUAACAGUCUGCCACCAUUCCCUAAUGAACUCAAGGGUGCCGCUGUUACAAGCGUGCCAAACAUGCAGCUCCAGCAGCAGCCACAGCAGCAGUCAGCGAUGCUCCCGCUGCCUGGCAGUGGAGGCGUGGCGGUGCCUUCGGCAGGGCCAACAGCCGACCCUGAGAAGCGCAAGCUGAUCCAGCAGCAGCUGGUCCUGCUGCUUCAUGCACACAAGUGCCAGCGACGAGAACAAGCUAAUGGGGAGGUCAGGGCGUGCUCCCUGCCUCACUGCCGCACCAUGAAGAACGUCCUGAACCACAUGACCCACUGUCAGGCUGGAAAAUCCUGCCAGGUGGCUCAUUGUGCUUCAUCCAGACAGAUUAUCUCUCACUGGAAAAAUUGCACACGACACGACUGUCCUGUCUGCCUGCCGUUGAAGAACGCAAGUGACAAACGCACCCAGCAGCCUUUGCUGAACUCUCCAAAUACAGGCCUCCAGAACCCGAUGUCCACUGUUGGCAUAGGCCAGCCCAGUGCACCCACCAUCAAUACCUCAGCACCUAUAGACCCCAGUUCCAUGCAGAGAGCCUACGCAGCUCUUGGUUUGCCCUACAGCAGUCAGGCCACAGGACAGGCCACUUCCCAGCAGCCCCCUGGACAAACAACCGGUGCCCAGAACUCACCGGGCCAGCAACAACAACUUUCACAACAGAUGAGACCCAUCAGUACUAUUGGUAACCAGAUGGCUCUUGGAGGUGGUACAAUGGGUGUGACCACUUCAGAACAGACAAACUUGCACACAGACGCUCUUUCAAACACGCUCAACACUAACAAUCCUCUGCUGACAGACGGAUCAGCUGUGGGCUCAAUGGGAAACCUACCUACAGCAGCACCCAUCUCUGCCACAGGCUCCAGGAAAGCCUGGCAUGAGCAUGUCACUCAGGACUUGCGCAAUCACCUCGUACACAAACUAGUACAAGCCAUAUUCCCUACCCCUGACCCGGCAGCUUUGAAGGACAGACGAAUGGAGAAUCUGGUGGCCUAUGCUAGAAAGGUAGAGGGGGACAUGUAUGAGUCUGCUAACAGCCGGGACGAGUACUAUCACUUCUUGGCUGAGAAAAUUUAUAAAAUCCAAAAAGAACUGGAGGAGAAAAGGCGUUCAAGACUACAGAGGCAGAUCAUCAACCAGGCGCCUAUUGCUGCACAGGGGCCCCAACAACCUGGCCUUCCUCAGCCCAAUACUUUGGCCCCAAGACCGCAGAAUGGACCUGUUUCUUUACCAAACAUGCCAAAUCAAAUCAUGAAUCGCAUGCAGGUUUCACAAGGAAUCAACCAGUUCAACCACAUGACUCUGCCCAACCCUCAGAUGUCUCAGGCACCAAUGGGAGCCCGAGCUGCUUCUCCUAUGAACCACCCGCAGCAAAUGAACAUAAGCUCUGUCCCAGCGGUGGGAAUGUCUCCCUCAAGGAUGCCCCAGGCACAGGGCAUGAUGCCAGGGCACAGCAACCUGGUGGCCCAAACGGCCAGCCAGGGACAGUUCAUGCCUCAGACUCAGUUUCCUCCCGGGUCAGGUGUAGUUGCUCCUUCGAACACCAUGAACGUCACAGUGGGACCCAGCAUGGGCCAGCCCCCGGCUCAGGCUGCCGUCAGCCAGCAGCAGCAACAGAAUGCUAACCUUCCCAUGAAUGCACUCGGGCCCCAGCUGGGCCCUCAACUAUCCUCCUCCCAAACCCCCUUGCACUCCACGCCGCCUCCUACAGCCUCCUCUGCCUCUACGGCCGGGGGGGCCACUAACCUGCCGCUCACCCAGUCCUCCAGUCGCAGCUCCACCCCCACACUCCCUGUCCCAGCCCCAGCCCAGGGUGCCACCCCACCCUGCCCCACUCAGUCCCAACCCCAGGCGGAGCUCCCUGCAGCGGCACAGACGCAGCCCCCUCAGCCCCCAACCACACCGCUUUCCCAACCUGGAGCCAGUUUGGAAAACCGGGUGCCCACUCCCGCCUCGGCUGCCAGUGCUGACCUGCACCCGCAGCACGUUGGGACGGAGGUUAAAACAGAAACACACACAGACCACCAGGAAUUUGAGGCUGCUGGUGGGAAAACGGAACCCAAGAUGGAGACGGAGGAUGAGUCUGCCGCAGUGUCCGUAAAGAAGGAGGAGCCGGAGGAAAACCCGGAGCCAAUGGAGGUGGAAGAGAAAAAGCCCGAAAUCAAGACUGAACCCAAAGAAGAGGAGGAUGUUGGCUCUAAUAGCACAACCUCCUCGUCCCCCUCUCAAUCACGGCGGAAAAUAUUCAAGCCAGAGGAGCUGCGCCAGGCUCUGAUGCCGACGCUUGAAUCUCUUUACAGGCAAGACCCAGAAUCUCUGCCUUUCCGACAGCCUGUAGACCCCAUGCUCCUGGGUAUCCCGGACUACUUUGACAUAGUCAAGAACCCAAUAGACCUCUCUACAAUAAAGCGGAAGCUUGACACGGGACAGUACCAAGAGCCUUGGCAGUACGUGGAUGAUGUGUGGCUAAUGUUCAACAAUGCCUGGCUCUAUAACCGCAAGACUUCCCGUGUCUACAAGUACUGCUCUAAGCUGGCUGAGGUGUUUGAAUCGGAGAUUGACCCCGUCAUGCAGGGCCUGGGUUACUGCUGUGGGAGGAAGUAUGAAUUUUCCCCUCAAACGCUGUGUUGCUACGGCAAGCAGCUCUGCACCAUACCAACUGGAGGAACUUACUACAGUUACCAGAACAGGUAUCAUUUCUGUGAAAAAUGCUUCAAUGAGAUCCAGGGGGACAGUGUGACAUUAGGAGACGAUCCUGCACAACCACAAACAAUGAUAUCAAAAGACCAGUUCGAACGCAAGAAGAAUGACGUUCUUGACCCUGAACCGUUUGUUGAAUGUAAAGACUGUGGACGUAAGAUGCACCAGAUAUGCGUAUUACACUACGAAGUUAUUUGGCCAUCUGGGUUCAUCUGUGACAAUUGUUUGAAGAAGAGUGCAAAAACACGGAAGGACAACAAGUUCACAGCAAAAAGGCUGCAGUCCACACGACUGGGAAUGCACAUAGAGGACCGUGUGAAUAAAUACUUGAAAAGACAGAACCACCUGGAAGCCGGAGAAGUGUUUGUGCGAGUGGUCGCAAGCUCUGACAAAACGGUGGAAGUCAAACCCGGCAUGAAAACCAGGUUUGUGGACACUGGUGAAAUGCCUGAGACCUUCCCUUACAGAACCAAAGCACUUUUUGCAUUUGAGGAAAUUGAUGGAGUGGACGUGUGCUUCUUUGGCAUGCACGUGCAAGAGUAUGGCUCUGAAUGCGCAUUUCCCAACACUAGGCGGGUCUACAUAUCGUAUCUCGACAGUAUUCACUUCUUCCGACCUCGAGUUCUGCGAACAGCGGUGUACCACGAGAUCCUCAUUGGCUAUCUUGAAUAUGUCAAAAAACUUGGGUACACGCAGGGCCACAUCUGGGCGUGUCCACCCAGUGAAGGCGAUGACUACAUCUUCCACUGCCAUCCACCUGAACAGAAGAUCCCAAAGCCGAAGAGACUGCAGGAGUGGUACCGCAAGAUGCUGGACAAGGCUUUUGCUGAGAGGAUCUUGCAUGACUAUAAGGACAUUUUCAAACAGGCGACUGAGGACCGACUGACCAGCGCCAACGAGCUGCCGUACUUUGAAGGCGACUUCUGGCCAAAUGUGCUAGAGGAGAGCAUUAAGGAGCUGGAGCAGGAGGAAGAGGAGAGGAAGAAGGAAGAGAACACAGCUGCUUCUGAAAUUCCAGAGGUACAAACAUGUUACCAGAGUCUGGGCACACCGAGUGACAGCAAAAACGCUAAGAAAAAGAACAAUAAGAAGACCAAUAAAAACAAAAGCAGUGUGAGCCGAGCCAAUAAGAAGAAGCCUGGGAUGCCGAAUGUAGCUAAUGAUCUGUCUCAGAAGUUGUACUCCACCAUGGAGAAGCACAAAGAGGUGUUCUUUGUGAUCCACCUUCAUUCUGGACCCAUGGCCAACACUUUGCCUCCUAUUGUUGACCCCGACCCAUUGAUCUCAUGUGACCUGAUGGACGGUCGUGACGCCUUCCUGACUUUGGCGAGGGACAAACACUGGGAGUUCAGCUCCUUGAGGAGGUGCAAGUGGAGCACAAUGUGCAUGCUGGUCGAGCUGCACAACCAGGGACAGGAUCGUUUUGUUUACACCUGCAAUGAGUGCAAGCACCACGUGGAGACACGCUGGCACUGUACUGUGUGUGAGGACUUUGAUCUUUGCAUUAAUUGCUACAAUAUGAAGGGCCACGAGCACCAGAUGGUGAAGUGGGGUCUUGGCCUGGAUGAUGACAGUCACGGUCAAGGUGGAGAGGCCUCCAAGAGCCCGCAGGAAAGUAGGCGUUUGAGUAUUCAACGUUGUAUUCAGUCCCUGGUCCAUGCUUGUCAGUGUCGCAAUGCCAACUGCGCUCUACCGUCCUGCCAGAAGAUGAAAAGAGUGGUGCAGCACACCAAGGGCUGCAAGCGCAAAACUAAUGGUGGCUGCCCAGUUUGCAAGCAGCUCAUCGCUUUAUGUUGUUACCACGCAAAACACUGUCAGGAGAACAAGUGUCCCGUCCCGUUCUGCCUGAAUAUCAAGCACAAGCUUCGCCAGCAGCAGCUGCAGCACAGGCUCCAGCAGGCCCAGUUAAUGAGGAGAAGAAUGGCCACGAUGCAAGUAAGAACCAUGCCGCUACCGUCCCCGCCAGCCACUGCUGCCCCCACCACUCCCACUUCCCAUACCCAGCCCAACACUCCUCAGACUCCCCAGCAACCACUUUCCAAUCAGCCGCAGACCCCCAACUCAUCAGGAGUCAUGUCCCCCUCUUUCCCCAGUGCAGCUCGCUCUGUCCAGCCUCAGGCAUCAGUUUCCCAGGGCAAGCCUGGGCCCCAGGCCUCCCCUCUACACCAGCAGCAAUCUCCUCUCCCCCAACCAACCCAGCCACCUCAACAACGACCUCCCCUUGCUGCAAUCAAGAUGGCACACCAUAUAGAGAGGAUGGCACAGGCCCAACAGAACUAUAGGGUCAACAUGAACGGCCUGGCCAUGAAUCCCCAGCAGCCACAGCAGCGCAUGGCAGGACCAGUGCAGCCAACCAUGCAGAUGGUGCCAGGGCCCCAUGGGCCACAGGUUAUGCAGCCUAAUAUGGCCCCAGGACAAUGGCCUACAACCACAAGUGCUAUGCAGGCAGCUCAAACUCAACAACCAGGCCUUGUCCCAAAUCCAAGCCCACAGCAGGUUAUGACCAUGCAGCGACCCCUUAUGGCUGCGGGACAACAAACUUCACAGGUUCAGAGGAUGUUAAUACCACAACAACCUGGUGCUCGGCCACAAACACCCCAAAGACCUAAUACUAUACCCCCAACCGCGCUUCAAGACCUUCUCCGCACCCUAAAGUCCCCAAGUUCACCCCAGCAGCAGCAGCAAGUCCUUAACAUCCUUAAAUCAAACCCUCAGCUAAUGGCAGCUUUCAUCAAACAACGAACAGCCAAGUAUGCAAACCAGCCGCAGCAGCAGCCGCCGCCACCGACAGGUCAACAGCAGCAGCCUGGCAUGCCAACCAUGCAGACUAUGGCUAUGCCAGGAGGACCAGUGCAGAGGCCUGGGAUGCCACCUCAGCAGCCACAGCAACCUCCUGUGCAGGGCAUGGCUGCGUUGGGGCCUCAAGGGCAGCUGAUGAACGCAGCAGCGCACAACAAUCCACAGAUCCAAGAGCUCUACCGUCGACAGCUUUUGCGACAACAGCAGCUGCAGCAGCAGCAGCAACAACAACAACAACAACAGCAGCAGCAGCAACAGCAACAUCUUGGUCAGUUCCCUGCUCAGGUGCAGGGGAAUCAGGCGAUGUACGCUCACCUACGCAUGCAGCAGCAGCAACAGCAGCAGCAAAUAGCCAUGCAGGCUGGUGCAGGAUCAACAGGGAUACCUAUGGGUCAGCUCCCACCAAUGGCUCAGAUGGCUCAGACUGGUAUGGGGAUGGACUCCACCCAGAACAACUUACUGCACCACCAACGAUUGCUUCAACAGCAACAGCAGGCACAACUCCCCCAGCAGCAGCAGCAGGCUGUCCUCAAGCAGCAGAUGAGCUCCCCUGCCCAGCCAAGCCCCAUGAGUCCCCAGACCCACCUGCUGGCUGGCCAAAGUCAAGGUGCAGCCCACCUUCCCAACCAGCCUGGACUUGCCAACACCCUAAGCAGUCAGGUUCUCUCCCCCGGACCAGUUCAGUCACCUUGUCCGCCCACACAGCCACAUUCCAGCCCCUCACCGCAGGUUCAGAACCAACCCCAGCCCUCACCUCAGCAUCCACCUCCACCCCAUUCGAGUUCCCCUCACCCAGGGCUCAGCGGGCCACUGCAGUCCAUGGACCAGGGACACUUGGGGACACCAGAACAAAGCGCCAUGCUACCACAGCUUAACACACCCAACAGAGGAGGACUGAACAAUGACUUGGGGUUGGUGGGGGACACCACAGGGGACACUCUGGAGAAGUUUGUGGAGGGGUUGUAGCAUUUUUUAAAUGGGAGCUAAAGAACUAAUUCACUCCCAAAAAAUAUCCUCUGACUUCUCUCUCCAGUUUUCUCUGACUCUUUCCCAGUAGAGGGCUUGUUUGUUCUUUCUAAGGUUGAGAAUGUUUUUGUUCCCGUUUGUUUUGUACCGACGUGUAAAAAGUUUCAGCUGUUCGGGGGGGAAAGAAAAUUUGGUCCAGAAGAAAUUGACACUUCUAGGGAAUGUGAUUGUUUCCUAAACCCAAAUGUUGGGUUUUUCUUCCUUAAGGUGUUGAUGGAUUUACGAGUUGCUUCUUAAA